UUCUUCAACAACAACAGCUAGUCAGACACCUUGGUACCUUGCUAGGCAAAACAGCCGAAACAUUGAAGUUAUUUGGACUGUGUUGGUGUAUAGCCACUGUGUAAUUACCAGCAUUAUAUCGUAUCUACUUUGGAUUUCAUAUUUAAGUUGUUGUUAGUCAGCUAAUUUGGUUGGCUUGAUAAAUUAGCCUAGCACUACGCUAAUGCUAGCUAGCUAUUAUCCCCUACCAUGAGUUGCUCACUAAACUUCUCCCCUCCUGCUAAAGAAGAUGGAGUCUGCUGGACUGAGAAAGAAGCUCUGGGGCUGAACGUUUUCGUGAAAGAGGAGGAUGUCACAGUAAAACAAGUAGAGGGUGAGGCUGUUACCGUGAAAGAAGAAGAGAAAGAAGUUACAGUGAAAGAAGAGGAAGACGUGUUCAGAGUGAAGGAGGAGGAGGAGGAUGUUACAGUAAAAGAAGGGGAGAAAGAGGAGGAUGUAGUUUUUGAAGUGAAGGAGGAGGAGACAGAAGGAGAGAGAUGGGCCUAUCGUGGAUCCUCUGGGGAGCCUCAACAACAUCAUGAUGCUGACGAGGCAGAGAAGAGUCUCUCCACAUCAGGACACCUCAAGAAACACCAUCAGAGACCCACAGGAAAGAAACCUCACUGCUGCUCUGACUGUGGGAAACAUUUCAAAUCUUCAUCAGAACUUAAAAAACACCAGAGAAUUCACACAGGAGAGAAGCCUUAUAGCUGUGAUCAGUGUGGCAAGAGUUUUACUCAGUCAAGCCACCUGGUAUCACACCAGAGAACACACACAGGAGAGAAGCCUUAUAGCUGUGAUCAGUGUGGAAAGGGUUUUACUCAGUUAACCAACCUGGUAUCACACCAGAGAACACACACAGGAGAGCAGCCAUAUAGCUGUGAGCAAUGUGGGAAAAACUUUUCUCGGAGAGAACACCUUAAAGAGCACCAGAGAACACACACAGGAGAGAAACCUUAUAGUUGUGAUCAAUGUGGGAAAAGCUUUUCUCAGAUAGAACACCUUAAAGGACACCAGAGAACACACACAGGAGAGAAGCCUUAUAGCUGUGAUGUAUGUGCAGAUAGUUUUACUACAUCAAGCCAACUGGUAGUACACCAGCGAGUACACACAGGAGAGAAACCUUAUAGCUGUAGUCAGUGUGGGAAGAGUUUUACUCAGUCAAACAGCCUGAAAUCACACCAGAGAACACACACAGGAGAUAAACCUUAUAGCUGUGAUCAAUGUGACAAGAGAUACUCUCAUUCAAGUGGUCUGAUUAAACAUCAGAAAAUACAUGCAGGAGAUCCACAGAGUGUAGAAUGAUCUCCAACACCAGACCUGGGUAGUAGAACACAGAGUGUAGAAUAAUCUCCAACACUAGACCUGGUUGUAGAACAUAGAGUGUGGAAUGAUCUCCACCACCAGACCUGGGUAGUAGAACACAGAAUGUGGAAUGAUCUCCAACACCAAACCUCUAUACAUCAAAUCACAUUUUAUUUGGCACAUACACUUGUUUAGCAGAUGUUAUUGCGGGUGUAGCGAAACGCUUGUGUUUCUAGCUCUAACAGUCCAGUAAUAUCUAACAAGUAAUAUCUAACAAUACACACAAUCUAAAGGAAGGGAAUUAAGAAUAUAUAAAUAUUUGGACGAGUGAUGUCAGUGCGACAUAGACUGAUACAGUAGAAUAGAAUAGAAUACAGUAUAUACAUAUGAGAUGAGUAAUACAUAGACUAAGAUACAGUAGAAUAGAAUAGAAUACAGUAUAUACAUAUGAGAUGAGUAAUGCAUAGACUAAGAUACAGUAGAAUAGGAUAGAAUACAGUAUAUCCAUAUUAGAUGAGUAAUGCAUAGACUAAGAUACAGUAGAAUAGGAUUGAAUACAGUAUAUACAUAUGAGAUGAGUAAUGCAUAGACUAACACACAGUAGAAUAGGAUAGAAUACAGUAUAUACAUAUGAGAUAAGUAAUGCAAAAUAUGUAAACAUUAUUAAAGUGGCCAGUGUUUCCAAGUCUAUGUGUACAGGCAGUAGCCUCUAAUGUGCUAGUGAUGGCUAUUUAACAUUAUUUAACAGUCUGAUGGCCUUGAGAUAGAAGCUGUUUUUCAGUCUCUCUGUCCCAGCUUUGAUGCACCUGUUCUGACCACACCUUCUGGAUGAUAACGGGGUGAACAGGCAGUGGCUCGGGUGGUUGUUGUCCUUGAUUAUCUUUUUGGCCUUCCUGUGAAAUCGGGUGCUGUAGAUGUCCUGGAGGGCAGGUAGUUUGCCCCCGGUGAUGCAUUGGGCAGACCGCAUCACUGGGGUAGUUGCAGGCUGUAUCAGUUGCCGUGCCAGGCGGUGAUACAGCCUGACAGGAUGCUCUCAAUUGGGCAACUGUAAAAGUUUGUGAGGGUUUUAGGUGCCAAGCCAAAUUUCUUCAGCUUCCUGAGGUUGAAUAGUCGCUGUUGCACCUUCUUCACCACGUUUCUGUGUGGGUGGACCAUUUCAGUUUGUCCGUGAUGUGUACGACGAGGAACUUUAAACUUUCCACCUUCUCCAUUGCGUCCCAUCAAUGUGGAUAGGGGGUGCUCCCUCUGCUGUUUCCUGAAGUCUACAAUCAUCUCCUUUGUUUUUUUGACGUUGGGCGAGAGGUUAUUUUCCUGGCACCACACUCCCAGGGCCCUCACCUCCGCCCUGUGGGUUGUCUCAUCAUUGCUGGUAAUCAGGCCUACUACUGUUGUGUCGUCUGCAAACUCGAUUAUUGAGGCGUGCAUGGCCAUGCAGUCAUGGGUGAACAGGAAGUACAGGAGGGGGCUCAGCACCCAUCCUUGUGGGUAUCAGCGACGUGGAGGUGUUUUUUCCUACCUUCACCACCUGGGGGUGGCCCGUCAGGAAGUCCCAAGUUCAGACCCAGGGUCUCAAGCUUAAUGAAGAGCUCGAAGGGUACUAUGGUGUUGAAUGCUGAGCUGUAGUCAAUGAACAGCAUUCUUACAUAGGUAUUCCUCUUGUCCAGAUGGGAUAGGGCAGUGCGAUAGUGAUUCUAUCGUCUGUGGAUCAAUUGAGGCGGUAAGCAAAUUGAAGUGGGUCUAGGGUAUCAGGUAAGGUAGACGGUGAUAUGAUCCUUGACUAGUCUCUCAAAGCACUUCAUGAUGACGGAAGUGAGUGCUAUAGGGCGAUAGUGAUUUAGUUCAGUUACCUUUGCUUUCCGGGCUCUAGAGUGGCGAAACAGUUUAAGGCACUGCAUCUCAGUGCGAGAUUUGUUACUACAGUCCCUGGUUUGAAUCCAGGCACACAAUAAGCACAGCAUCGUCCGGUUUUGGCCGGGGUAUGCCGUCAUUGUAAAUAAGAAUUUGUUCUUAACUGACUUGCCUAGUUAAAUAAAAAAAAUAUUGGGUACAGGAACAAUGGUGCACAAGGAUGAUGACUCAUAUGUCUAGAAUCAGACGACGUAGAGAGCAAGCUACCCCUUGUUUUCUCCUUUCCGUUUCCAAAAAGUGACUCAAAAUAUGUAUUUGAGAAUGGUCUAUCUGCUGACCGCAGACUGGGGGGCACGGCAUGUAAUGAUUUUCGUGUAGUGAUGAUUUACUACACACCGUGCCCCCCAAUAGUGCCAUGCGAGAGUUGGGUUGGCCACACCAAAGAUUAUGGAUAUACUGACAAGAAUUCUCUCCGCCCUGACAAGGGGAGUCGUUGUCCAUAAAGCGGCAAUGCGGGUUGUCUAGCUUCCGCCUAUCCUUUCUUUGGAUUGGUGGAUACUUCUUAUUAUUGUAAUUAUUUAUUUUUUUAAAUGUAUGAGGGUUGUUGACGUCAACCGCCUGUAUUCAAUGGGGAGUAGAGGUCGGCCAAUUAUGAUUUUUCAAUGCCGAUAGCAAUUAAUCAGCCGAUUAAAAAAAAAAUGUAUUUGUAAUAAUGACAAUUACAACAAUACUGUAGCGACCCGCACAGACAGCUGUGUGUUAUGGGUUAGGCUAGUAGGUGGUUGUGUUGUACUUACCAGUACCCAGUGUUCGCGGGGUCCGACAUGCCAAUCAACCUGCUAUCUGCCAAUCACGGGAAUGCCUGGAAUGUUCUGAUGCCCGGCAUCCUGGCGGUUGGUGGAGUGGCGUGGAGGGGGGUUGGGCAGGGGGAUGGAGCAUUGGAAGUUAAGACCAGGUUUAGCCUUUGUUCUCUCUCUUACGUCUGGGCUUCACAAGACAAGGUCACGAUUAGCUUGUGGUUUAUCUUUCAUUUAUUUGGCGUGGGCUAUGGCCAAACAGUAGCCUGUGUAAAGUUGGUUUAAUAAACCGGCAAUUCGUAAACUCAA